CAGAUAAAGACCAGAGGGCUGAUGGUUUCUUCUUUGUACCUGGUAUGUGUCCAUAAGUCAUCCCUGGACUCCACUUUGUAUGGUCUAUUAUGACAUCGUAAAUUAGAAUGCUGAUAUCUGUCAGAAUGUUGUAGAAUUCAAAUGCCUGUUUCAAAAUACUUUACAGCAAGGGUGAAGGAACGUGAACCAAGCUCAAGGCCAAGCUCAAAGUAUUCAUGCAGCUGUUGUAAACUUAAAACAAUGUCUGUUAAAAACGUUUUGAAAGGCAUGGGCUACAAGUUCAUAGCCGAGAUUGGUGAAGGCAGUUUUUCCCAAGUCAAGCUCGCCACUUCGCAGAAACACCACUGUAACGUGGCCAUCAAAAUUGUGGAUCGCGUAAAGGCCCCUAAGGAUUUCGUCCAGAAGUUUCUCCCAAGGGAACUAGCGAUUUUGAGACGCGUGAAUCACGAGCACAUUGUGCAAAUGCAUGAGUUAAUUGAGGUGGCUGGUAAACGACUUUGUAUUGUGAUGGAAGCUGCAGCCAAAGAUCUCCUUCAGAAGAUACAUGAAGUGAAAUGCAUCCCAGAAGACCAAAGCAAAAACUUGUUCUCUCAGAUGGUCAGUGCCAUCAACUACCUCCACCAGAUGGACAUCUUCCAUCGGGACCUCAAGUGUGAAAACAUACUGCUGACAGCCGAAGAACAAGUUAAGAUCACAGACUUCGGUUUCGCCCGCUCUGUUCAAGACCCUUCAGAGCUCAGUCAUACCUUCUGUGGUUCUGCAGCCUACACUCCACCAGAAGUCAUCAUGGGAACGCCGUAUGACCCAAAGAAGUAUGAUGUAUGGAGCCUCGGGGUGAUCCUAUACGUCAUGGUGACUGGAUUGAUGCCAUAUGAUGACACCAACUUGAGGCGACUUCACCGUCUUCAAAGCAAGUCUUUGGUUUUUUCGGACAAUGCCGGUGUUCAGGAAGCAUGCCAAGUCUUCAUCCGUACUCUGCUCCAGUUCAAUCCUUCCACACGUCCAACCAUUCAGCAGGUGGCAGAACAUCCGUGGAUGCAGAAGGGAAAAAGCUAAAAGCACACAAGCUAAUAAAACAAAGUGUGCAAAUGCAAAGAAACAGUGUUACAAAUUCAUUCAGCUGGGAGUUUUUGGAUAGUCCUAAUAUAUGAAUUCUAGUCACGUCUUGGGAAAAAAACAAUCAGUUUUGGGAGAACAGUCUGAGGCAGAAUAGCAACAGAUUAAUGGGGAACUAUAAAAUAAAUUACUCAAAUAAAGUAGGGGUUGACUUAUGUGGGUCUUUUUAAUGGCCCAAGAUGAUACAGCUAUCUACAGAGCAAGAUGGCCAAAGAGCAAACUUUAAAUACUAUAACUUAAAAUGCUGAAAACAAAAAAAAAUUUGUUUUUCAUUAUUUUAAUAUUAACAUUUCUUGGUUCUGUUAAUAAAAAUUGACAAUUUAAACUUAUAACGUGUAGAUGUAACGUUGGGGAAUAAAUUGAGAACCAUAGAUAAAUAUUAAUGGACAAUACACUCAUGUUGUUCUAAACCCAUAUGAUAUUUCUGAGAACUUCUUUCUUUUUAAAAUUAAAGUUAGACGACUUUCGUGGUGCCUUUGGAACUUAUUGGUCACUAUGAAUUUGUAUGGCUAGUACCAAUGCAUGAAUAUAAAAAUGAAUUUCAAUCAGAUUUGGAACGUGAGAAUAGUGCAAAUUUUAUUUUGUUCCUUAAAAACUUAUUUCUAAAUCCUUCCUCACAUCCUCAUUUUCACUCAUAUCAAAUUAACAUGUUGUCCACCCAGACCAAAAGCCAUUUCACACUCCAUCAAACCAGUUUAUUAUAUGUAUUCAAAUUAGAUCACAGUAAAAAAAAA